AUGCUAGUCAUUAACGAGGCAUUGACUAGACUCAAUCAUAUAACUUUUACAAUGAAACAAUCUAUCAUCAUCACAUUGAUAACUGUCUUAAUUCUUUUGGGUAUUUUGAUUACUGGGGCAAUUAUCAUCGAGACCGGAAAAAAAAGUACAGAUGAUUUUGAAAAUAUAGCACCUGCUUGGAAUGAAAGAGCUAAAAGUAUCAAAGCAAAGAUGAAUGUUAGUGCAGACUAUUGUGAUGAUUUUUAUAAUCACGUUUGUGGAGGCUUUGUCAAUUCAACAACCAUACCUGAUGACAAAAAAGGCAUUAAUAUUUUUACUACGCUAAAUGACAAAGUCAUGAAACAGCUAAACACAAUUAUCAAUAGACCCAGUAAACCGGAAGAACCUAAAGCCUUCAAAAUAGCUAAACAUUUAUAUAAAAUGUGCAUGGAUACAAAAGCUAUCGAAGAGCAAGGUGAAAAAUCAUUCCUCAAUUAUUUUGAGCAAUUAGGUGGAUGGCCUGUUCUCAAAAAAGACAAUGAAUGGAACGAGACUCUAUUUGAUUGGAAGAACCAAUUACUUAAAGUAUUUGGAAAAACUUAUUGGUCAACUGGUUUCUUUGAAUUUAAUUUAGUCACUGAUAUCAAGAAUAACUCUCGACGAGUCAUCACUUUGGGUGAUUAUUCUUCCAGCCUUCCGCGAAACUAUUUAUUAAGAGGCCUAAAUGAUGAAUCAGUCUCAAAUUAUUUCAACUAUAUGGUUAAUGUUUCUGUUGCAUUCGGAGCUGAGCAAGAACAAGCUAAAAAGGAACUCAGAGAAGCUCUAGAGUUUGAAAUAAAAUUAAUCAACUUGACUCGACCAAGUGAAGACUAUAACAAUCAAAGUUUAGCUUACAAUUUAAUAACUCUUGGUAAUUGGGAAAAAAAGUAUCCUUAUUUUCAAUGGAAAAAAUAUUUAAAUCAUCAAGUUUCACCAUCAAAUCUAUCAGUUAACGAUGACGAAAUAAUUAUUGUCACUAAUCCUGAUUACUUUGAUCAACUAGAUAAAUUGAUGAAUUUAACACCUAAAAGAACUCAAGUCAAUUUAUUAAUAUGGAAAGAAAUUGAAAAUACGGCAAAAUAUAUGAAUGAAAAAAUUAUAAAAGUCUACGAAAACUAUGUGAAAGUUACAAGUGGAAGAAUAGAACGUCCACCAAGAUGGAUAGAAUGCACUGAUAUUGUUUCAAGUUUUUUUCCAAUAGCCAUGAGUGCAUUAUAUGUUCGGGAAUUUUUCCAAAAAAAGUCUAAAGAUGAUGUUGAAAUUAUGGUAAAAAAUAUACAAAAUCAGUUUAUAAAGUUGCUCAACGAUUCUAGUUGGAUGGACAAAGAAACAAAAUUAAAUGCCAUAAAUAAAGCUGAAAAAAUGAAACGUCUUGUUGGUUAUCCUGAUGAACUUUUAAAUAAUUCAAAACUUGAUGAGUACUAUAAAGUCUAUGAAGAUUUUGAAAUGACGGAUGAUAGUUUUAUUGGAGGCCUCAUAAGCUUGAGUUUUUUAAAUAAUGAAGUCAUAUGGAGUGAAUUAAGACAGGAACAUAAUCCAAAUAAGUGGAAUUUUUUUGCACAAAAAUUGAGUUCAGUCAAUGCAUAUUACGGUUCAUCGGCUAAUUCAAUCGAAAUUCCAGCUGCAAUUCUUCGAGGUGAAUUUUUUAAUAAUAAACUUCCAAAAUACAUGAAUUACGGUGCAAUAGGAGCCAUUGUUGGACAUGAAAUAAUGCAUGCUUUUGAUAAUCGAGGAAAACAACGAGAUGCAAAUGGAAAUGUGUUUGAUUGGUGGUCCAAUUCUACGAAUAAACAGUAUAAUAAAAAAGCUCAAUGUAUUAUUGAUCAAUACGGAAAUUAUACUGUUAAAGAAAUUAAUAUGAAUAUAAAUGGAGUUAACACACAAGGAGAAAAUAUUGCAGAUAUUGGAGGCAUAAAAGCUGCUUAUUGUGCUUACAAUAACUGGGCAAGUAAUAAUGAAUUGGAAAAAAAAUUGCCUGGGUUUAAUUUUAAUCCGAGACAAAUGUUUUGGAUAUCUUAUGCCAACACAUGGUGUUCUAAAAUUCGUCUUCAAACUCAAAAGCUUAAACUAACAACUGACUCUCAUAGUCCAUCAGAAUUUCGAGUCAAUGGACCUCUAUCAAAUAUAGAAGAAUUUUCAACUGACUUUGGAUGCCCUAAAGGCUCUAAAAUGAAUCCAGAAAAAAAGUGUACGAUGUGGAACAUAAAAGCAAACAUGAAUAAAAGUGCAGACUAUUGUGAUGAUUUUCAUAGUUAUGCCUGUGGAGGCUAUGUCAAAUCAGCAUCCAUUCCUGAUGACAAGAUUCAUGUUAGCAUCUUGAGUUCGCUGGUUGACAAAGUUAUCAAACAACUAAACACACUCCUUGAUAGACCCAGUCAACCAGAAGAACUUAAAGUCUUUAAAAUAGCUAAACAUUUGUACAAAAUAUGCAUGGAUACAAAAGCGAUCGAAGAGCAACGUGUACAACCAUUCUUCAAUUAUUUGGAGCAAUUGGGCGGCUGGCCUGUUCUCAAACCAAAAAAUGAAUGGAACGAGACUUUAUUUAAUUGGAAUGAAAACUUUGCUUAUGUCAUUGCUCUGAGUGAUUAUUCUUCAGGACUGCCUCGAGAAAAUUUAUCAAGAGGUCUAAAUGAUGAAUCAGUAUCAAAUUAUUUUAAUUAUAUGGUCAAUGUGUCUGUUGAAUUGGGAGCUGAGCAACAACAUGCUAAAAAAGAACUCAAAGAAGCUCUUGAUUUCGAAAUAAAAUUAGCCAAUUUAGACAAUGAAACAAUGUCAAGAGCUUUGCAUAAAGCUGAAAAAAUGAAACAUCUUGUUGCUUAUCCAGAUGAACUUUUGAAUGACACAAAAAUUAAAGAUUACUACAAAGUCUAUGAAGAUUUUAAAAUGGUUGAUGAUAAUUAUAUCGGAAGCAUGAUGAGCUUGGAUUAUUUUGAUUUUAAAAUCAGGUGGAGUAAAUUGAGACAAGUUGAUAAUCCAAAUAAGUGGGCUAGUUUUGCAAAUGAAUCAAGCCAGGCUACUGCUUCAUACCUUAGAUUGGAUAAUUCAAUAGAAAUUCCAGCUGGAAUUCUUCAAGGUGAAGUGUUUAAUAAUGACCUUCCAAAAUACAUGAAUUACGGUGCAAUUGGAGCCAUUGUCGGUCAUGAAAUAAUGCAUGCGUUUGAUAAUGAAGGAAAAAAAUACGAUGCAAAUGGAAGUAAAGUUAAUUGGUGGACAUAUUCUACGAAUGAAAAGUAUAAGAAAAAAGCCCAGUGUAUUAUUGAUCAAUACGGAAAUUAUACUGUUAAAGAAAUUAAUAAAAAUAUAGAUGGAAUUAAAACUCAAGCAGAAAAUAUUGCAGAUAAUGAAGGAAUAAAAGCUGCUUAUUGGGCUUAUAUUAACUGGUCAAAUGAUAGUAAUAAGAAAUUUGAAAAAAUGUUGCCAGGUUUUAAUUUAACUCCUAGACAAAUGUUUUGGAUAUCUUAUGCCAAUACAAUGUGUUCCAAAAGUCAUCCUGGAUAUCAAGAAUUGAUAAUACUGAAUGAUGAACAUAGUCCAACGGAAUUUCGAAUCAAUGGUCCUCUGUCAAAUUCAGAAGAUUUUUCAAAGGACUUUGGAUGCCCCAAAGGCUCCAGAAUGAAUCCAGUUAAAAAGUGUACAAUGUGGUAA